UCUCUCCUGACUGGUGGUGGGAGCCUCCUGCGAAGGAGGGGGUCUCUUUCUUUUUCUCUCUAUCUCACACGAGCAUGCUUUUCACCAGUCGCGAAUACUGUCAGUGAGCGUCAGACGACGCCGCGCGAACGUUAUCACGGUGUCCUCCUUCGACAGGAUACCGUACAGCUCGUCGGUUCCUUUAAAAAGGACCGCCACGUGUGCGACAGAUUUAUUUUGAUUUAUUUACUCAUUUUUCUUCGCGCGAAAGUGAUAUGAACGUGUUCGGCCGAGGGCAGCGUCCCGUCGACCUCAGAACCCCGGGAUAUUUUGACAGCUGUCAAACGGAGAAUGGCCACCGAGCGCGAAAACGGUACCAAGUGCGUCCUGGCCGAGAAUCUUCGAGGAAAGACCGACGAUGGCCGGAGAUGAUCCGGUAUUUCCCGCCGGAUGCUGUCGCGAAACGGAUGUUGCGAAUGAGCGACGUGCGGUGCUCGUCGAAUUUAUUUCCUAGUUCCCAACGGAGGAGUCGCUCGGAGCGGUCGGCUCUCGAAGACAGGAUUUUUUUCCUCGGCGAUAUCAUCUAGAAGAGACUCUCCUGGAUGCUCCCUUCUGCUCUUCGAGCGAAAAAAAAAACUUAAAUCGCCAAAGGAACUGUCAAGAAUGCGCCCACCUGUUGCGCCUACCUGCUGCGCCCACCUGUUGCGCGUCUAAGAGACAUUACUAAACGGAAAAAAAGGAGGAAAAAUCACGUUAAAUUCCGAGCGAUGAUCGGCCUGUGACCUUUGCGCGCGUCCAGGAGUCCGAGAAAAACCAGCGGCGAAAGUCUACCACUUCUAUAUAACUUCUUGGAGACCUUUCAACUGAUUAAUAAGGCUCCGGGUCAUGAAGGUCCGGAGUUAUCCGGGCCGGGCGGUCCUGGAGGACCCGGAACUCCUGCUGGACCCGGAUGCGACCCGGGGUCGCGCCAUGGAGCUGCUCUACGAGGCCAGCUGGCGCGAAUGCGGGGUCAACUGGGCCAGCAAUGGCGCCGGCAAGGCUUCCGCCGGGCAUCGGCAGCAGGAGGACGAGCGCUUCGACCUGGGCUCUUCGCAGCUCGAGGAGUCGUCCCCGAGAGUCGGCGACGACGACGCGCGCUCCAGGGGAUCCAGCAGCACCGACACGAUUGACAGCGAGUGCUCCGAGAUGAAUCAGCCGCCGCGGUCCUCGUCGGGCAACGCUCAGGCCGGCUUUCUCAUCCCGAGACCGAGGCUGAUAGUCCCGGUCCACACCUACGCGAGGAGAAGACGCACCGGCGCGCCUCAGCCCGCGAAGAGGCGGCAAAGAUGCGAAGAGGGUAAGGUCGAAGUAUCGAGAGAUGGCAAAUAUCUCAGCACUCUGCAACACGGCAAGGUUCUGGGUGAGCUCGCGAUUCUUUACAAUUGCAAGAGGACAGCGACAAUUACUGCGGCGACUGAUUGUCAUCUCUGGGCCAUCGACCGACAAUGCUUCCAAACCAUUAUGAUGAGGACUGGCCUCUCCAGGCAGGCGGAAUAUACGGAUUUCUUAAAGAGCGUUCCGAUCUUUAAGAACCUACCUGAGGAAACCUUAAUCAAAAUUUCAGAUGUUUUAGAAGAGACGUUUUACAAUAAUGGCGACUAUAUAAUAAGGCAAGGGGCAAGAGGCGACACAUUUUUCAUCAUCAGUAGGGGACAAGUACGUGUAACCAUCAAACAACCCGAUACAACAGAGGAGAAACACAUUAGGAGAUUAGGGAAGGGCGACUUUUUCGGAGAGAAAGCUUUACAAGGAGAUGAUCUCAGAACUGCUAAUAUUAUUGCUGAUGAUCCAGAAGGAGUAAGCUGUUUAGUUAUAGACCGGGAAACGUUUAAUCAAUUAAUUUCAUCCUUGGACGAAAUCCGAACGCGAUACAGGGACGAGUUGGUGGAACGUAGGAGAUUGAACGAGGAAUUCCGGGAUGUACGGCUGCAAAACCUUCGGACCAUCGCGACUCUCGGCGUGGGUGGUUUCGGAAGAGUCGAAUUAGUUCAAAUUGCCGGAGACGACACGCGAUCCUUCGCUCUCAAGCAAAUGAAGAAGGCGCAGAUCGUCGAGACGCGACAACAGCAACACAUUAUGUCGGAGAAGAGGAUCAUGAGCGAGGCGGACUGCGACUUCGUAGUGAAGCUCUUCAAAACCUUCAAGGAUAGGAAGUAUCUCUACAUGUUGAUGGAGGCUUGCCUCGGCGGCGAAUUGUGGACCGUCCUCAGGGACAAGGGGCACUUCGACGACGGCACCACGCGAUUUUACACCGCAUGCGUCGUGGAAGCAUUCGAUUAUCUGCACUCCAGAAAUAUCAUCUAUAGAGAUCUUAAACCAGAAAACCUGCUUUUAGAUAAUCAAGGAUAUGUUAAACUCGUGGAUUUCGGUUUUGCUAAACGGUUGGAUCAUGGACGAAAGACAUGGACUUUCUGCGGUACACCAGAAUACGUGGCACCGGAAGUCAUUCUAAAUAAAGGUCACGAUAUAAGCGCCGAUUAUUGGUCCCUCGGUGUUCUCAUGUUUGAAUUGCUUACGGGUACACCUCCUUUCACCGGUGCCGAUCCAAUGAAGACGUACAACAUUAUUUUGAAAGGAAUCGACGCUAUAGAAUUUCCCAGAUCCAUCACACGUAACGCGAUGGCGCUUAUCAAGAAGCUUUGCAGGGAUAAUCCAGCAGAACGUCUCGGAUAUCAAAAAGGCGGUAUUAUUGAGAUACAGAAGCACAAAUGGUUCGAUGGUUUUAACUGGGAGGGUCUCAGGACGAGAACUCUGGAACCGCCAAUACUGCCACGAGUCCAGAGCGCUAUAGACACUACAAAUUUCGACGCUUAUCCGGUUGAUUCCGAUCCACCACCGCCCGAUGAUAUUUCCGGUUGGGAUAACGAUUUUUAACGCAAAAAGUUUAGAGAUCAUUUAAUAUUCGCAUUUUUUUAUAUAAUCACUUGGCAGAACAGGAAAUCAUCAACAGUACAUCACGAUUUCUCGAUCAUACGAGACAAUUUGGCGACAUUUCUGCAUUUAUAUUUAUACUUCUCUCAUAAUUACGUGAUACGUCGAUAUUGCAGUUGCAUUUUUGUCAUGUUCUUACAUCUUUUUUCCUAUUUCAUACGAUCAGUUAGAACGAAGGGAAAACUGCACUGUGAUAAAAUUUAGGAUUUAUAAUUUUUGGAUGACAUAGAUGUAUUAGCAAAAUUUAAAAGGGAAGGUUCGGAUCCAAAUUUGCAUAUUUAUGUCUAGUGUGCGUUUCAGAAGUAAAGUAUCUUCUCCCCAGUGUUAUAUAUUGUAAUAGAAUACUUAUGCAAGUGUCAAGUGCCAUUAUUAUUACCUCGAAAAGGUAAAAAUUCAUACACGUUCAUACUUGUGCUCAGAAAAUGCGUAAGAAACAGUCAGCUCAAGUCCAAGGGACCUCUUGCCAUCCAUAAUUUAGCUUGUCAGAAUGUGCUUAUAGAUCAAUAUAGAUCAUCUAUCAAAUGUUAAA